CGCUCGCUCGCUCGUGGAGUCAACUCCGUGCCUAGGUCCACUUCUUCCUCUUCUUCUUCUUCUUCUUCGAGGAGGAGGACGAGGAAGAGGAGGUUGAUCUGCCGUCAAGUCAGCAAGAGGGGAGCUGAAAUUUUCCUUCGAUGCCUCAGCUGGACAGGGGGUGGUGACUCGAUGAGAUGAGCCCCAUCCAUGGUUCGUUGGUUCGUACCUGUGAGAGACUCUGCACGGAGAUGCCCGGCAGCAGUCUUGAGGCGAACCGAGGGCUGGAAUUUGUUGCGAUUCUGUCUUCACACCGGGCUCGAUGGGGGCGAGUAGGUCCUGCGGGGAUCAUGUACAGGAAGCUAUGCUGCUGCUGCUGCUGCGGUGGUGGUAGUGGUGCUGAUGGUGGUUCAGAUCAUGCCGCAAGAAUAUCUGUGAUAAGGAACCACGUCGAUUACAGGUUUUCAUUGAUGUGUGCCUCUCAUGAAUCACACUGUUGCGGUUUGUGAGUCGGGCCGUGUUUCGCUGGUGGGCCACAUCGGGGCUUCACAUCGUCGCUGGCUAGCUGAACGAGUGACUGUCCCGAGCUAUUGCAGCAUCCUUUUUGGACAUAGAGGACACUCGUUGCAUCAAUCGGAUUUGUCAGUGGCUGCUGAUCACGGACCUGAAAGUCAAGAGUUUUGUCCUCGCCCUCGCACAGCGAGCGAGCGAGCGAGCUCAUCACUGUUGGAGCUUUCUCGAGGGAGUCUCAAAGCUCUCGAGGUGGGCGAUUCUGUUGUCGAUGAUGUUGUGCUAACCAGAGCCCAGCCAGAGCACUGGCGUGUGAUUACGAGAGAAAAGGAACAUGCGUUGUAGCAACACAGUGUGGUGCAGAUCGAUGGCAGUGCUUUGCACUGCACUGCCAUAGAGGGCGAGAGAUCAUCUCUGAAGACAGGGAGCUCGAUAAGAUGAGAGCUCGAGCCUCUCUGGGUUGCAUGACCGACGGAAGCGUCUGAGUACGAUUGACUGUGCGGCAGACGUACAAGUACAGCCCGUGAGAACAGCUCCGUGAUGUACGAUUUGCAAGCUGUCUGCGUCGAGUUGUGGCGUAGGGAGCCAUCCGCUGGACGGGUCAUCUGGUGAGAGUGGAAAGGGAAAGGGCAAAGUGCCUUGUUCCCUGCUCGGGCUCACCGACUGUUUGUGAUUUUCCUCAGAUUUGGUGCCGUGACAGAUUCAGGAUGCCUGGAUUGGUCUGGUCCCAUGUACACUUCCCACUGUUUGUGAGAUUCUUCAGAUUCAGGAUUGGUGUGGGACAUACACUUCCUACAUUUCAUACACUUCCUACAUUUCAUACACUUCCUGGGUGUGAAGAUGGUCAUAUCAUAUUCCACAGUCUCGUUAUAUUUCGG